UCGGUUGUUUGCAAAUAAAGUGAAAAAAUAUUCGAAAUACAAUUUUUUUUUGUUCAAAAUGUUGAAGUUUUCGUUUUGUUUUGUAAUUUUGGUUUCUAUUUGCGCCGGUGUGUAUAUAGCUAAAGGUAAUUGCCCAACCAAUGAAGAGUUCCAGCUGUGCGGUUCAGCGUGCCCGCCCAACUGCAGCGACCCGAUGGCAGGCAACUGCACGGACGACUGUGUCGAGGGGUGCUUCUGCAUGAUGGGCUACUUGAGAGACGAGAACGGGACUUGCGUUAGAGCUGACAAAUGUGUUGUAAAUCGGUUUUGCAGCGAAUACGAAGAGUUUCUUCCAUGUGGUAGCGCCUGUCCUUCGACAUGUUCUGUGCCAGAGCCAGAAGUAUGUGGCCUCGCCUGCAGCAUGGGCUGCUUCUGCAAGGAGGGCUUCUACCGGGAUGAAGUCACUCAUCAGUGUGUGACAAUGGACAACUGCUCUACCGUUGACAUGUGCUUCAAUGCUAAUGAAGUCUACGACAUGUGCAACGCAACCUGCGAACCCACGUGUGCGGAACCAGAGCCAAUUUGCGCAAAAGUUUGCAGAGCCGGCUGUGUUUGCGCACCGGGGCUUUUGCGCAGUCCAAGUGGAGACUGCGUUAGUGUGGACAAGUGUCCAGCAUCCAACAAGACCGAGCCGGAUGUACUGAACAAAUACCUUACUACGAUCAACAAGAUCCUGCAUUUGACUGCUGUUUAACAAUGUACUGGUUAUCCACAAGUUGUUUUACCUAAGUGAUAAUGGUGGUGGUUU